UUAGGUUAUGUUUUUGUUAUUGUUAUGUUUUGUCUCUUUUUGUAUUGUUUAAAUAUUAAGGAAAAAUGUUACAUUCUGUCAACACGUUACAAUACCGUGGUUUGAAAUUGUUUUUAAGGCCGUGUGAUUACAAAAUUAUUAGACAAACAAUACAUAGUGUAGGCUUAAAUGAUAUUCCUAAAGUAACUGGAACUGAUAUAAAAAAAAUAAUACGGCAAAAAGGCCUCGCUGUACAAGAUGGGUACACAUCAUUUAUUACUAAGUGUACAGUAUGUUCGGGAAAUGAAAAAAGCAGCGACAGUAAAUUGUACAUCAAUAAAACAACCGGAUACUUUUCGUGUCCAAAGUGCAACAUACAUGGAGACUGGAAUAUCUUAGAAAGAAUUAUAAAGAAAGUGAAAAUGGAGGCAUCAAUUAAAGAUUACAUACAAAAAAUGCAGCAAGAUAAUCUACAAUUUGAAAAAGACUGGCAAGAUAUACUAGAUAAUACUACCUCAUUAUCCAACACUAAUGAAAAGGAAGCUUUAGAAAUAUUUAGGCUAUUUGAAUUUCCUUACCAUCCUGAAGCCUGCAAAGUGUUAUCAGAUGUUAGAAUUUCUAUGGAACACAACAUAUUGUAUUUCCUUUUAAAGAAUGCAAGUGACAAAGUUAUAGGGUACCGUAAAAUUGAGGCAGGCAGAGAGGAGGAAGCUGAAAGUCACGGACACCACACCGCUGGCCUAUUCUGGUGUAAAGCACACAGAGUGGGCCAUAAUGCACAAGCUGUCUUAGUUCCUAGUGUACAUGAUGUAUUACAUUUAGCUGCUCAUAAAAUACCAGGUUCCCUUGUAUGGCUGAAUAAUUGCAAUUUACCACCUGUUGUUCUACCAACGCUUGAGGGAUACCAAAAGCUAUGUCUAUGGGGUGACUGGGACAACAUGCGAGCGGUAGCCGAGAAACUUGGUGAAGAAAGAUGUCGUUUUGUGAGACCAACAGAUGGUCUAGUUACGGCUUCGGAGACAGCUGCUGCUAAUCUCUCAUUAAAAGCUCUGGUAUCCGAAGCGAAACCCGCAGCUCAUAGAUCAAUUACAACAUUUUCUGCAUUACGAGAUGAUGUUUAUGCAGAACUCACCAACAUUGACAAGGUGCGAGGUGUGAAGUGGCGUCGCUUCCCCGCCCUCACCCGGCUGCUAGGCGGGCACCGUUUUAAGGAACGAGAAUCAGAAGAUCUUUCGACAAGUUCAAUAUUCGGCAGCGCGAAAGCAUCGCAAGAGGCAGAUAAUGUUCUUAUAAUUCAGGACAAACGGCUAACAGCUGUUCGCGGAAAAAAAUAUUUACAAGUAGCUAAGAAUCGGUACAGCGGAGACUUGGGUAUCGUUCCAUUAGACUUUGAAAAGGAUUCUCUCAGCUAUCAAUCGAAGAAAAAGAAAGCGAAACAGGAUGACCCUGACAAAUUACUGGAUGAAUGUUUUGAAGAUUACUCCAUCGAGGAUCAAGUGGCUGUAAAUACUGCAAAGAGGAACACACAAAGUACGAAAUCGCAAAAUAAAAAAGAAAGUACAAGCUCAUAUUUAAGUGAUAUUUUAAAUUCAAAUAGAACCAGGUGAAUAAAUUUAGAUUAUAUGUAUAUUUGUAUAUAACAGUUAAUAAAAACUGUUACUAAGUUUACUGAGAAAACUAUAUAGACCAAAUUUUCACUAUCAGUAUUAUAAUUCAUAUUUGCUAAACAACCAAUUGUAUAAAAUCCUAUCUCAAUGGAAUUUGUCAAGUUAAAUAAAACAAUAAUGUAUAUAGUUUAUACAUUUCACAAUGUGAAUAUAUUUUCUUUAUUUCAUGUUAUUUAUAACCCAGUCAUUAAAUUACGUUUUGUGAUACAAUUGAAACAUAUACAUAUGUACAACAGAUUAUAAAUAAAAGUAAAACAUGUAUGAUGUUAUAAAUAAUUUUUAUAAAUUAUCUUGUUUAUAAAGCAUUUAGUAAUCUUUAAACAUAAGCAAUGUUUAAUAAAAAAAUAUAAAUGAUCCUAUAUACAUAUUUCUUUCAAUAUAAUGUUUUAAAUUAAAAUA